UCUCUCUCUCUAUUUCAACCACGAUGGUGCCGGCUUCUUUGGAGAUUCCCGUUUCGGGCCAUCGGUUCUCAUCGGUGGUUCCCGCCAAAGUAACUGGCGGGAACAAGGAUUUCGAGCUGACCAACAUGGAUUUAGCAAUGAAACUCCAUUAUAUCAAAGGCGUUUAUUUCUUCCAAUCCGAAGCGGCUCAAGGUUUGUCCGUUCAUGAUUUGAAAGUCCCGAUGUUUGAGUGCCUGGAACAUUACUACACCGUCUCCGGGAGGAUUCGAAGAUCGGAAACUGGCCGGCCGUUUAUCAAAUGCAACGACGGCGGCGUCCGAAUCAUCGAAGCUCGAUGCAAUCAGACCGUCGAUGAAUGGCUGGCAACGGCGAGAGAUAAAGAUCAUUCCCUUGAUCAUAUGCUUGCUUAUGAUCAAGUUCUUGGCCCUGAUUUGGGAUUCUCGCCUUUGGCUUUUGUCCAGUUCACAUGGUUCGAAUGUGGGGGCAUAUCGGUAGGGCUCAGCUGGGCUCAUGUAUUAGGGGAUGCAUUUUCAGCCUCGGAAUUCCUCAAUGCAUGGGCACAAAUCAUGGCGGAGGAACAACUUUCAUCAAAGGUGAACGAUCGUGUCCUGAAAUCCGAAUUUCCCGCUUUUGUUUCUGGGAAACCAUUUUCCUUGAAAAAAGUUGACCCAGUUGGUGACCGUUGGAUAACCGCCAAUGACUCUAGAACGGUAACUCACUCUUUUCACAUCACUGGAAAACAACUUCAUCAUUACAUGACAACAAACUCUAUUCAUGACCUAAACAUCACCGAUAAGAUCUCCGAUUUCGAAAUCAUUUCGGCUAUAAUAUGGCAAUCGAUGUCUAAAGUUAGAAUCGAUUUGGGUCCAAAGACCGUUACGAUCUGUUCGAACAACCGUCUCGUUCGAGGUGAUGAAUUGGCGGCACAACCGGUUAAUGGUAUGACAUUGAGCACAGUCAAAGCUGACUUCUGUGUUUCGAAAGUUGAAAUAGCCGAAUUAGCAAAGCUUAUUGCCGAUAGAAAGGUGCCCGAGAACGGUUUGAUCGAAGAUUUGCUAUCGGGGGAUGAAGAAAAAUCGGAUUUCAUAGUUUACGGAGCGAAUUUGACAUUUGUAAACUUGGAAGGUGCAGAUCUUUAUGGAUUACAACUUAAGGGACUGAAGCCAGUGUUUGUGAAUUAUAUGAUAAAUGGAGUUGGGGAUGAAGGAACGUGUCUGAUUGUUCCUAGCAAUGAAAAAGACGGUGGCAAUGGGAAGAUCGUGACCAUGACCCUGCCCGAGGAUCAAAUUGAAAAGCUGAAGAGCAUACUGGAAAAUGACUGGAAUAUUUCCAAUUAAUUAAGGCAACGUAA